GCCUUAUUCCGUAGGUGCUCAGCGCAAUUUAACCCUGCACCAGCUCAAUCCAGUUCAGUUCAGUUGACAUCGCCUCUAACUUUGGCUUAUGGCGUUCAUCACCACGUUUCACUUCAGAGUCAAACACGACAAGGUUUCGCUAUUUGGCAUUACUUCCGCUUGCGCUACUCUGCCGAGAUCGUUGCAAAACUCCCUAAAGCGACUCUUCCACAAACGGUCGAGUCUCUUUGUAACCAACGAUAUCCGGCUGUAGGCACUCUGGUUUGCGCCCCUCGCUCCCGUGAGAACAUUGUUAGGAAGCUACUGGCUGCAGACGCCCCUUCAACCUGGACCAUCCCAUCAGCUUCAACCCCCCAAGCCCUCAAGGCUCAGAAGUACUACCUUAGUAGCUAGGCAAACUAGGCUCCCUUCAAAAUCUCUCGUCUUCACUCGCCUGCUCACUGGCUCGCGUUGGCUCGUACACCCCUGUCUUCACUCCUUCUCCACAGUCGGCUCUCUCACCAAUUGGCGCAGCCCUCCGCCGACUUUGUCUCGUCAUCGUCGAGGUUCCUUAGUUGCCUUUGUACUCUUUAGUAGUCUCGCCCACGCGCCCUGGCUCCACGAAGCUGCCCCAGCACCAUACAGUAGCUGGUUACGGCCGACAAUCUGGAGCGACAAGGCCAGUCCAUCCGUCUCUUCCAUUCUCUUGUCUACCCACCGCCAAACAUUCUCCUUCAAGCUCUCAGCCUCGACGCUGCUCAAGCAUAUCUCGCCCAGCUUCAUCUUCCAGUACUAUUCGGAUUCGCUCGCCUGUUCCCUACAAGAAAACGCCUCGAGGACUCUUUUCUUGAGGGUUCGAGUCUUGUCCACGCAUUCUCGCCCGUAACGAUCCGAUCUCCCCGACCUCUCCGUUCACCCUUGACGUGCCCGAUUACCUUUUGCUUCACCCACUUCUUAUCGCAUUUAUUCGCCAGUCUUCCUCGAUCCUUCAAUUCGAACCGAGCCAGCAGUCCGACGGUCCAGCUACAAAAGCCCUCACAAUUGUCUACCUCCUCAUUAUCUCCACAUUAUACGACACCGCUUACUUUCGCAAACCGUUGCGACCGUCAUGCACGUCUGGAGAUAAGCAACAUCAUAAAUACCGAAGUGAACUUGUGCUCAGCACUCCGAUCACUUCAUUUUAGCGAAGGGCCGUCUUUUCAAGCUAUUUUGUGAUCCGCCACAAUGGGCGCAUGCAUGAGCUCGAGCAAUGAGGAGGCGGAUCAGAAGAAGAAGAGUCAGGCCAUUGAUAAAAUUCUGGAGGAAGACUCGAAACGAUUACGGAAAGAAUGCAAGAUUUUACUGCUAGGUUCUGGUGAGAGUGGCAAGUCGACGAUUGUCAAACAGAUGAAAAUCAUCCAUCUUAAAGGAUACUCGGAAGAUGAGCUAUUCAACUACCGGCCAACUGUCUUCAAAAAUCUUGUGGAGUGCGCCAAGGCAGUUAUUAUGGCCAUGCAACAAUUCGACAUCGAGCCUCAAAACGAAGAGAACAAGGCACAUGCGGAGUUCCUAUUAGAAUACCAAGCCGAGUCUGGCCCUCAAGCGCAAAUCGAUCCGAAAGUGGGCGCGGCGGUACAAGCUCUGUGGAACGAUCCAGCGAAAGAUCUUCUCAUGGAACAUCAGACGGAGUUCUACCUCAUGGAUUCCGCCGAAUAUUUCUUCCAGGAAGCGAUGCGAAUAGUAUCAUCAGACUAUUUACCGAAUGAAAUGGAUGUGCUCCGAGCGCGAACGAAGACAACAGGUAUCUAUGAAACGAGAUUCCAAAUGGGGCAACUAAGCAUUCAUAUGUUCGAUGUUGGCGGUCAACGAAGUGAGAGAAAGAAGUGGAUACACUGCUUCGAGAAUGUCACAUCAAUCAUCUUUUGUGUGGCUUUAAGCGAAUAUGAUCAAGUCCUACUCGAGGAGAGCAGUCAGAACCGGAUGAUGGAGAGUUUACUCCUUUUUGACUCGGUGGUCAACUCACGGUGGUUCAUGCGUACUAGCAUCAUACUGUUCCUCAACAAGGUUGACAUUUUCAAACAAAAGCUGAGCAGGUCUCCGCUAGGCAACUACUUUCCCGAUUACUCGGGUGGUAACGAUGUCAAUAAAGCAGCCAAGUAUCUACUCUGGCGAUUCAACCAGGUCAAUCGGGCACAUCUAAACCUGUAUCCCCACUUGACGCAAGCGACAGAUACGUCAAACAUUCGACUCGUUUUCGCAGCAGUCAAAGAGACUAUCUUGAAUAACGCACUUAAGGACUCGGGCAUUCUUUGAUAGCGAAUCACUGCUCAUUUGAUUUUACAACUACGAUGUUAAGGGCACGGAACUGUUGGCUGGCGUCGAGAGCAUUUUUUGGAGUUUCGGACACUGGGCUCAGGACGACAUCGAUUUUAUACGAUCCUUGGUUUAUUGUUUAUUUAUUUUGUUCACUCGACACCCAUAUGAGCAUUUCUCGGGCAUGGUCUCCACGGCUACGAACGAGCAUUUCUCUUGUCAGUCCCUUCGCCGGCUCACGAUACCUGGCUAUGCACUUGAUUAUCUGCAGCUCAAGACAAACCCCUUCCGAAAAGAGUUCAAUCGAAGAGUCAAUCGACAUGGAGUUGGAUUUGCGGUUUAUAUAUCUUGGUCUGGCAUAUAUUUUGCUUUAUCGAGUUUUGGGCGACUAGACCUUGCAGGAGGUCAGAGUUCCGGUUAGGCCUUGCUCAAUUGGUAUUUGAAGCAUUGUAUGACACGGAAAUGAAGUGAUUCACAAUGCGGUCCGGUUUGCUGUCUUGAAGCUGCUUAGCGAAGCAGUGUGGUCACUUUGGAUUGAACAGAAAUCCUGGAGUGCGGGAUAGGUGGGGAUAUUACGCUACUAGCAUUCCCAUGGCUUCUGUCGGGCCCAAAGAUGCGGGAGAGAACAGGCGUAUGGCUUCCCUUUCCAGGGAGAUUGGUGUUUAAGGAGCUGACUGGGAACAUCAAUGAAAGCCGGAUUCAUCGUCUGGCAUGCUAAUGGUUUGCUUAUCUUCUCCCGGUACAUAUGUAGUUCUCGACUCGAACGAGGCGAAUUGACGAUAUUUAUAUCAUGGAAUCGCCUUUGAUGGGCUCCAUUUAGAUGUUAUAUAUAAUGGUCGUGAAGUGAAAGAUGAAUUUUGUUCUAGUGAGAUAGCUUGCUUACCUGGGUACACUAGGACAGUAAUAAAUUAUUGGUAUGAGGAUAGUCGCUUGG